AUGGGGGGUACCUCACCUUGUGCUUCUUGCAAGUUGUUGAGACGCCGUUGCACCAAGGAAUGCAUCUUUGCUCCUUACUUUCCUUCCGAUGACCCCCGCAAAUUUGCCAUUGUGCAUAAGGUCUUUGGUGCUAGCAAUGUCAGCAAAAUGCUACAGGAGCUUCCAAUUCAACAAAGAGCAGAUGCUGUAAGCAGUUUAGUUUACGAGGCAAAUGCAAGAGUGAGAGACCCUGUUUAUGGAUGUGUUGGAGCCAUAUCAUACCUACAAAGCCAGGUUUCACAAUUGCAAAUGCAGCUUGCAGUGGCUCAGGCAGAGAUUUUUUGCAUGCAGAUGCAGCAACAAGAACCAACCUUAGCCACCCAAAUAGACCAAGAUCACAAAUCAUUGCUCUUAUCUGAAAACAACAACUACGAAAUCCUUCCUUAUUAUCUUAACUUUCCUUCCUCUUCUUCCUCUUCUUCCAAUGUAUUCCAUGACUCUGAGUCUCUUAAGAGAGAAUCUUUUUGGACCUAA